AAGUCAGUAAUAGCAAAACAAUCAGACUGAGCCAAACAUUUUUCAGUUAAAUGACGUUAUCUUAGCACAAAAGUACUUUGGAUAUUAAAUAUAGGCUGCCAGAGGCAAAAUAUACAUUAUGAUUAAGUUAUUUUCUAUGAAAAACCAAAAAAAGGAUGGCACUGACGCCCCUAAACAAGGAACACAGAAGAGAGCCUCUGCAGCCCAGCUGAGAAUCACGAAAGAUAUCAAUGAGCUGACUUUGCCUAAGACCUGUGACACAGAAUUUCCAGACCCUGAUGAUCUUCUCACCUUUAAGUUGAUUAUUUGUCCAGAUGAGGGUUUCUAUAGGGGAGGUCGAUUCAUCUUCAGCUUUAAAGUUGGCCCAAAUUAUCCUCAUGAGCCACCCAAAGUCAAGUGUGAGACUAUGGUAUAUCAUCCCAACAUCGACUUAGAAGGGAAUGUCUGUCUAAACAUCCUGCGAGAAGAUUGGAAGCCAGUCCUUACCAUCAACUCAAUAGUCUAUGGCCUUCAAUAUCUGUUUCUUGAGCCAAAUCCUGAGGAUCCAUUAAACAAGGAGGCCGCUGAAGUUCUGCAGAACAAUCGACGAUUAUUUGAGCAAAAUGUGGUGAAAAGCAUGAAAGGUGGCUAUAUUGGCAAUGUGUAUUUUGAUCGCUGCCUGAAAUGAUUGCCAUCACUUGUAUUGUCUCCAAAAUCCAUGUCAUUGUAUUUCAUGGCUGGGGAACGUGGAGUUUGGCAUGAUUUUUUUUUUCUUUCUUUCUUUCUUUCUUUCUAUCUUUUUUUUCUUGUUAUAUUUAGCUUAAAAGAACUGCUUCCCCUAACUUUUUAGAAUUAUAUUUAUUCAGUGUGUAGGAAUCUUUUUGAUAAUUUUUUAUUACUAAUUUUAAAUGCAAUUACUGUAAUGUUUGAUGGGGCAUAAAAUGAAAGUUUCUCAGUAGUAA